AUGUGGAAAACCUUUCUUUCUCUCGAAGGCGCCGGCCCGGAAAUCUGGAAAGUUUUUUUCUCAAAGGCGCUGCUUCAGAUGGUGCGCUUUCCCUUGCUGUCGGUGGCGGCUCCUCAAGGCCUAACGGGCCUUCCUGGAGUUGUUCUGUCCCGCCUAGCAGCGGCUGCGCUGAAGGUCCAACAGGGCUGUCCACAGAGUGCAUCUUCGCAGCGAACCACACAAUCCACAAACUACUUGUACCUUGAUCUUGCCGUGCUGGGAGAAGAUGGAAAUGCAGAGCGUUACCGGGCGUUGUUGCCACCUCCCGGUCGCCCGCCGGCGGCGGGGGGACCCCUCACCCCAAGUCACUACAGAUCCAUCGCCAAGAACUGCAGCAAAAGCAAAGGCAGAAGCCUGGAUGUUGUGCACGUUCUUUAG